AUGCAAGCGUGGCUCGGCUACAUCGCGGCCGCCGUGGCGGUCCUCUGCUUCGGCAGCAACUUCGUGCCGGUGAAGAAGUUCGAGACCGGCGACGGCAUGUUCUUCCAGUGGAUCCUCUGCACGGGCAUCUGGCUCACGGGCCUCGUCGUCAACGGCAUCCAGGGCUGGCCCCGCUUCGAGCCCAUCGCCAUGAUCGGCGGCGUUCUCUGGUGCACGGGCAACCUUCUCACCGUGCCCAUCAUCAAGAUGAUCGGCCUCGGCCUCGGUCUCCUCAUCUGGGGCUUGACCAACUUGAUCAUGGGCUGGGCCACGGGUACCUUUGGCCUGUUCGGUCUGGACUCCAACGAGAUCAAGACACCGUGGCUCAACUACCUCGGCAUCUCGCUGGCCGUCCUCUCGGUCGGUCUCUACGCCUUCGUCAAGCCCACCGUCAAGAAGAUCGGUGAGGACGAUGAGCACCAGCAGGUCGAUGAAGAGUACCGCUCCGUCAACGGCGGCAAGCCCGAUGACUACCUGCUCAACAACGGCGGCCACCACGAGCACAAGGCGCAGGACGACUCGUUCGCCUUCCUCGAGAACCUCCCGCCCGUGUGGAAGCGCGUCGCUGGCGUCCUUAUGGCCGUCCUCGCCGGCUUGUUCUACGGUGUGAAUUUCGACCCGCCGCAGUGGCUGAUCGACCACAGCAACAAGGAGAACGGCAACAGCACCGCCGGUCUGGACUACGUCUGGUCCCACUUCUGCGGCAUCUUCAUGGCGUCGACGGCCUACUUCCUGCUCUACUGCGUGCUCAAGCGCAACAAGCCCGUGGUCUACCCCGAGGUGGUGCUCCCCGGCGUCAUCUCCGGCGUCAUGUGGGCUGUCGCCCAGAGCUGCUUCUUCGUCGCCAACCAGGGUCUGGGCAUGACGGUGUCGUUCCCGAUCAUCGCGACUGGCCCGGGCGCCGUGGGCUGUCUGUGGGGCAUCAUCCUCUUCGGCGAGAUCAGGGGCCUACGCAACUUUGCCUUCUUCGGCGCCGCCGUGGUGCUCAACGCCGUCGGCGUGGCCCUCAUCACCCUCGGCAAGUCCCUCUAA